UCCAUGGCACGGUCACUCUAGCGGCAGCACGCCAAAAAACUGAAAAUUUCCAUCUUUUUCCCCAUUUUCCUCGCGCCGCGUUGCAAAUUUUUCACUCGCCGGCAUUGCAAACGGAAAAGUGUUUACCGGCUGGCCACGCGCUCAGAGUUACGGAAUACGCCAGGUGCGGACGCAUGAGGCAGGCUCGACAGGAAGCCGCCAAAUCAGAAACUGCACCCAAUCCCAAAUCCCGCGGUGGAAUCAAUGGGUCGUCUGUAAAGGAUCGACUUGCCCAUUCCGAAUUGCCAUCGGAAUUUGACAACAAGCCAGUGAGUCAGAAGCGCGCGCACAACUCUACCUCCGCAGAACCAUCCUUUUCCAAGAUCUUAUCACUUGAGGAACUUGAAAAGCUUGCUCCAAUUACACGGGGCAGGGCCGCUGCGGUGCCCGAUGAGGAUCCUCGCCAUUCCAAAAGUACAAGCUCAAGUCCACUCUUCGCGGAACAGCGCAAAUACGGGAAGUCCUUGUUGACGGAAUCACAGCAGAAACCGCGUUCCCAUAACACUCCCACAACGCCAGGAGCCACAGCGCAUCGAGAGAGGCAAGAAAAGCGUAAGGCUAAGUUUUGGAAACGGCAAGAAAAGGACAAAGAAGCCGCACUUGCUACAUCCCGGUUCGAGCAACCGCGUUCCCAUAACGCACCCACAGCGACAGCGAACUCGAAAGGACCUCCAUUCGCUCCUGCGGGUGUGUCCAGUCACCCCCGUCAGUUCGGGCCUAUAUGUGAUUCUGUGCGUGGCAUCCGGCCGCCAAACGAAAGGAUUACAGCCCCGAUCCGGCAGGAAAACGAAAUCAAGCGGAAAGCAGAGGAACUUGAAAAGCUUUGUCCAAUUACACAAGGCAGGGCCGCUGCGGUGCCCGAUGAGGAUCCUCGCCAUUCCAAAAGUACAAGCUCAAGUCCACUCUUCGCGGAACAGCGCAAAUACGGGACGUCCUUGUUGACGGAAUCACAGCAGAAACCGCGUUCCCAUAACACUUCCACAACGCCAGGAGCCACAGCGCACCGAGAGAGGCAAGAAAAGCGUAAGGCUAAGUUUUGGAAACUGCAAGAAAAGCACAAAGAAGCCGCACUUGCUACAUCCCGGUUCGAGCAACCGCGUUCCCAUAACGCACCCACAGCGACAGCGAACUCGAAAGGACCUCCAUUCGCUCCUGCGGGUGUGUCCAGUCCCCCCCGUCAGUUCGGGCCUAUAUGUGAUUCUGUGCGUGGCAUCCGGCCGCCAAACGAAAGGAUUACAGCCCCGAUCCGGCAGGAAAACGAAAUCAAGCGGAAAGCAGAGGAACUUGAAAAGCUUUGUCCAAUUACACAAGGCAGGGCCGCUGCGGUGCCCGAUGAGGAUCCUCGCCAUUCCAAAAGUACAAGCUCAAGUCCACUCUUCGCGGAACAGCGCAAAUACGGGACGUCCUUGUUGACGGAAUCACAGCAGAAACCGCGUUCCCAUAACACUCCCACAACGCCAGGAGCCACAGCGCAUCGAGAGAGGCAAGAAAAGCGUAAGGCUAAGUUUUGGAAACGGCAAGAAAAGGACAAAGAAGCCGCACUUGCUACAUCCCGGUUCGAGCAACCGCGUUCCCAUAACGCACCCACAGCGACAGCGAACUCGAAAGGACCUCCAUUCGCUCCUGCGGGUGUGUCCAGUCCCCCCCGUCAGUUCGGGCCUAUAUGUGAUUCUGUGCGUGGCAUCCGGCCGCCAAACGAAAGGAUUACAGCCCCGAUCGGGCAGGAAAACGAAAUCAAGCGGAAAGCAGAGGAACUUGAAAAGCUUUGUCCAAUUACACAAGGCAGGGCCGCUGCGGUGCCCGAUGAGGAUCCUCGCCAUUCCAAAAGUACAAGCUCAAGUCCACUCUUCGCGGAACAGCGCAAAUGCUGGACGUCCUUGUUGACGGAAUCACAGCAGAAACCGCGUUCCCAUAACACUCCCACAACGCCAGGAGCCACAGCGCAUCGAGAGAGGCAAGAAAAGCGUAAGGCUAAGUUUUGGAAACGGCAAGAAAAGGACAAAGAAGCCGCACUUGCUACAUCCCGGUUCGAGCAACCGCGUUCCCAUAACGCACCCACAGCGACAGCGAACUCGAAAGGACCUCCAUUCGCUCCUGCGGGUGUGUCCAGUCCCCCCCGUCAGUUCGGGCCUAUAUGUGAUUCUGUGCGUGGCAUCCGGCCGCCAAACGAAAGGAUUACAGCCCCGAUCCGGCAGGAAAACGAAAUCAAGCGGAAAGCAGAAAAAUAUCCAUCACAAAUCCUGCAGGGAGACGAGAAGAUUGCACCCCAGAGCUUGCAGGAAGAGGACGUUGUUUUACAGUUCCAGCUGGAGAAGCAUCGAAAGAGGCGUAAAAAGCGUGAGGCUAAGUUGCAGCUGGAGAAGCAGCGGAAGAGGAGGGAAAAGCUAAAGUCUGCGUUUAAGAAGGAAGCCUCCCGUUUGCAGGUGGCAAUUCAGACUCUGAUAAAGCGUAAGGCUGCGGAUCGGAUUACGCGAGAGGUCGAUCAGAAGAUUGAAGACCUGGAAAAAGAAAGAAAGAAAAAGAUUUCAGAAGAGCUUGAGCAAAAGGAAAAUCGGGUUCCUGCUAAUAUCCAGCAGAAAGACAAAAUACAAUUUGCAUUUCAAAAAGAAGAGCUUGCAUCACAAAGCCAGCAGGGAGGGAAAAUUUUUGAACGCCAGAUUUUGCAGAACAAAGACCGGGUCGUAAAAAAGAUUAAGGAUCAACAGGAAAAAAUUAAACGGGAAGAAGAGCCGCUUGUAACGCAAAACCUCAUCUUACAGGAAAAACUUCAGAACUUAACACAGGAUCAAAGCCAACAGAAAGGCGAGCAGAUCGUGUCUGAGAAUCAGGAUCCCAAUCCCAAAAUUUCAGAAGAGGCUCAGACAAAGGAAAAACAGAGUGCUGCUAAGAUCCAGAGCAAGGAAAAAAUACUAUUGGCAUUUGAAAAAGUGCUUGCAUCAAGUAGCCAGCAGGAAGGCAAGAGUUUUGGACGCCAGAUCUUGCAGAAAAAAGACCAGAUCGAAGAGAUUCUAGCCCAGCAACAGGAAAAAGAAAAACUUGGCUCACAAAGCCAGCAGGAGAGCAAGAGUUUUGAACGUCAGAUCUUGCUGAGCGAAGAUCAAGUCGAAACACAGAUUCAGGAUCAAGGCCAACAGAAAGGCGAGCAGAUCGUAUCUGAGAAUCAGGAUCCCAAUCCCAACAUUUCAGAAGAGGUUGAGCCAAAGGAAAAUCAGGUUGCUACCAAGAUUCUGCAGAAAGACAAAUUCCAAUUUGCAUCUGAGAUUAGCCGCCUUGUAACAUCGUUUCAAAAGAACGACCACCAAAUAGAUUCCAGCUUCGUGGGGAACAUCUCAAAUAUUGUAACUGGGGUUACAGGGGCGGAGACUACCAAUGAACAACCAAACCUAGCUGGACCGAGUCACGGUCAGCAGCAACAGGCAGCAGGAGACAGUAAAUUUUUCGCUUACAUCGAUCAAGUCCGCAAUAUUCAGAAAUCGGAACCAGCCAAUCCUAAUUUAAACAUCGCGGACGGAGCCCUUCAUCUUAUGCGCCGGAAGUUGGCUUAUAUCUGCCACAUUCUGAUAGACGACUCUGUUGAAGGAACCAUCACCGAAGAGAACAUCGCCCUGCUCGGGGAUAUCGUCAAGGUCCUCAAGGACACUCAGAAAUCGAAACCGUUCGGUGUUGAGGCAGAGAAGGAAGCCGAAGAGCUGAUAAAUACUUACGAAAUUUCAAUGGGCUUUGAAAUAUUAAGGAGGGUCCGAGAGCUAUUAACCGGUUGGAAUAAGUCCAAAGAGGGAGCUCCGGACACCGGAGAGUCGGGCCAGGGAACGGAAAUUCAAAACGGAGCUGGUCGUUGUGGCGACCACCAGGCGGAGGGAAGUAAUACAGCCCAGAAGAGACGCAACCAGGAGGAUUAUCCACCUGUGAUCAAGUACCAGCGUGUGGACAACUCCUUUCCUCGUUUCAUAACGAAUGUGCCUGCCGAGGACCAGGUUCAUGCAAGCAAGUCCAUGGCAGGGCGGGAGCGCGAGAAUCAGCAGCAGGGCUCAAAGCGGCUCUCGGUCUUCAAUCCGCCGGUAUACACGCAGCACCGUGUGCGCAAUGACGCCCCAUACAUAGCCAACCCGUUCGACGGGUCGGACGACGAGGAGCCGUCCCAGCCGAGGGGCUUUGCCAAUGCCGCCGGUACAUCAGCCAGGCAGCCGCAAAUGCUUUACUCGGAUGCCGUGCGUCUGGGUCAAAAUGGUUUCGCCGAAGCCCGUGUCAACGGCCACUCCGCCCACCCGGUCCGCCGGGUACCAACUCAGGUGGAGAGGAGCAUCCUGACCCACGAGAUGGAACGCUCGGAGCACGAACAAUAUCUGAACCUCAUCCACACCGUGACCAAUGAUUCCGUGGUCAGCCGCUUCGCCAAGCCAGUUGCCCCACCGCUGCAGCGCAUUAACACACAGCAGCCGAGCUGGAGUUCCCUGCUGCGGGGCAACCAAUCUCGCCCAUUGCAGCAGCCGCAGCCGCUGCUGCAGCCCUCGUCUUUAGGGCGCCAGAACAGUGUGUCGGAGUACGCCAGAUUGAUCAACAGCGGGGCGGCACAACAUGGCCCAGUACCAGCUCCACCGCAGCUAAUGCGCAUAGAUAGCUCUACCAAUGUCGCCGGCAGCCAUGCGUCCACCAUUUCCAGCAGCGACGGUAGCAACGAGAGCGGCAGCGAGCACUCCAGUAGUGGCUCUAAUUCCUCAGUUACUGCCAUUGAUGACAGCUCGCGUGAAAAGAAACACAAACACUCCAAUCACAUUGGCUCUGUAAAAUCGCUCCGCGCCAAGACCACCAGACUCUCCAUGACCGAUGCCCUGCAUCGUCGCUUUGCAAGCUGCAUCUACCUCAAAGAUGACUUUGUGGAGCAGUUUAAAGCAAAGGCGGCUCGCAUGCGUGAGGAGUCCGAGCACCGUCGCGAGUUGGCAGUUGAGGAGGCCAAUCGCAGCACUGAAGAACGACGUGCCUACGAGUAUAAACUGCGGGAGAACAUAUUCCAGUACCGUAUCCCCCACAAGCCGAUCUUUGUCAUCGGGGCCCGGGACACACCGGUUCAGAAGAAAGAGACAAGGCUCAUCCCUCUUACUCCGGAGCACUUGAGGCGCUAUGAGCAGUUGAUGUAUGGUGGUCCAGAGGACGAGGUCCUUGUUGUCAAGUUCAACAUGCACAUUCACCGCCGCGAUAUACUUUCGCUCAAAGGUACGGAGUGGUUAAACGACGAGAUCAUCAACUUUUACAUGUGCUUGCUGACUGAUCGCUCGGCGAAGGCAGAACUUCCCAACGUGUAUGCCAUGAACACGUUCUUCGUGCCACGCCUCCUGCAGGCUGGCCAUGCGGGCGUAAAGCGCUGGACCCGUAAAGUAGACAUAUUCUCAAAGGACGUGAUCCCAGUGCCGGUGCACUGCAACGGCGUCCACUGGUGCAUGGCCAUCAUCCACUUGCGAAACAAAACCAUUCGCUACUAUGAUUCUAUGGGCGCGCCGAACCAAGCCGUGCUGAACGCCUUGGAGGCCUAUCUGCGCGAGGAAUCCCUGGAUAAGCGCAAGCAGCCGUUCGACACCAGCGUCUUUGUGAUCGAGAACGUACCGAAUGUGCCCCAACAAUUGAAUGGAAGUGAUUGCGGCGUCUUCAGCUGCAUGUUUGCCGAGUAUAUAUCGCGUGAUGCGCCGAUUACCUUCUCGCAGGCGGAAAUGGAGUAUUUCCGCAAGAAGAUGGUACUCGAAAUAGUCGCCGGAGAGUUGUGGAACUAAUGCGAUCAUAUCGGUCAUCCAAAGCUGUGCCCAAUGCACCGCACAGCCACUAGUUCUAGUUUAGCACGGAGUGGAUAUUCAACUUCUUAAUUUAUUUAUUAGAAAUCUAACAUAAACUUUCCAAGCAAGAAAUCGCAUAGGUGCUUCGAUCGACCUGGCAGAAGCAUGCAUGCGUAUAAACUUGUACUCAUCUCAUUUUACCUUUGUAUACAAAAUACAAUAUCGAUCCUUUGUGGUUCGAUUGUACACACGAAUCCAUCAACAAACUACUACUAAAUGUAACACCUAACACUCUGAUGCAACAAGGAAGUAGAGGCAUCUGAAUGUAACAGAAACUAGUUUUUCAAUAAAGCGCUAUAAACGGAAUGCGAAGAAUGAUAUAUUAA